CAUUCUCUAUCGCAAAACAUCGACACUCUCUCUCUGGCUUAACAGUCUGUUAUAUUCCAUACCUCUGCACUGGUUGCAUUUCCUUUGUUACACCUCGACUCCCACGCGCCUUUUGGCUUUUCGCACCUCCCCAAAUACUCUUCUUCAUCUCGAUUCCGCGAAUCCACUCGCGCGACCUCGUCCACUAGUCCUCCGCAUGCCACUUACAAUGCCUGGCAAGGAUUACUCACCCUUACACGUGUAGUUCCUUCGUUCGACAAGCUCACUGCAUGACCAUUCUCAUUCGCUCGCCGGUCUGCGUUGUCAGUAUUGGGUGAUGGCCUACGCUGCGGUCUCACAGGCUGAGCACGAUGCCAUCUACGGCCAAUCCCCCGACUUGACCCUGCAUGCCAAUACCCUCCCCGAAAUAUCCAGCCCUCCGUUAUCUGUGUCCAUUGACCAUAUAUCGCGUGAUGGCGACCGCUCGGGUGUCUCACAGACCGCUCCGGGUGCUGUAGGGGUCGAAAAUCUCCUCAAGUCUCUCAGUUCGUCGCAGUCAUACGAGAUGGUGGAGGACGACGACUACGAGGAACCCAAUACCACGCCGCACGGGCUGGGUUUGGGUAUGAAGGAAUACGCGGCUGCACAAGACGACACAAUAACAUUCCAGUCAGAAGAACCUCCAAUCAGAACCGCGUCCAUCAGCCGAAACCUUCCUCUAAAUCAUCCGACCCCGGAUCUACAUGCCCUGCAAGGGGCUUUGGUCAAGAAUGUGGAGAGACUCGAAGAGAGUGCCGAGCGGUUGAGCAUGACAUCGAGUCUGGAAGAGGAAUUGAACAAGAUGAAACUAGAUCAGAAGCGGGUCGAGCGACAGUCGUCUGCGCCUGCGAAUCUGGGCAAUGUAUUGCGUCCGUCAAUCAACAGACAAUUCUCGACCAGUUCGUGGUCAAACUCGAUCAUUGGAGUAAAUCAGACAGCCAGAUUAGGGGGUUAUUCACCGGCAGGAUACAUCACCUCGCCUACAGGCUCGAUACACUCGGGACGCUGGCCGCACCAACACAACCUGGAACGCAACUCUUCAAAGGGUAGCCGUCGCGACCAUACACCUCCAGAACCUCCCCUCGAUCCAGCUACUUCUGUCCUCCCCGAACAGGCGGAUAUUGUCCAGUCGUCUGCCGACUCCAAUGGCUCCAUACAAGAAGAGAGACCACCCACUUCUGGUUCGAACGAUACCUACCGGCAAGCCCAAGCAGCUUUCAAUGACUUUGACGGUGUCCACUUCAACUCUGGCGCGUCAAUAUCUCGACGUAUAUCCUUACAGCAGCCUCCACUUGCAAGAGACUCCAAAGUCUACAGAGAAGCACAACCGGGCGAGCAAAUGAUCUACUACCCUGCACCAGUUCCUGUUAUGCUGAACCUGCCGCAAAGAUUGUCAAAGAUGGAUCUGAGUGAGCGAGAAAGGCGUCGACUUCAAGGUCUGUCCGCAAUACCCGAUGAUUUGCGCAAGUCAGCGCCAUGGCUGGCAGACCAAGCUAGCGUCAAGGUGCCAGGCGAUAGGAGUUCGCUGAAUUUACCACCACAACUGCGUGCCAGCGCCUUCUUUGAGCAGGCCAGUGUCACGCAGGACUUGCAGCUCAAGAACGGUUCUGCUAUCCAGACUCUGGACAGCAUACUUGAUGCAGCUGCUUAUGCUCCAGUUAGCGCAUUUACAGACCAUCCUAUUGCUGGCCAUCUAGGUAAAGAGGUGUAUGGACCAGAUGGAUCGCCACGCAAGAGCAUACCACCGACAGAGGAUAAGAAAAAGAAGCGCCGAAGCUCACUGAGUACGAUGCUCAAGACGAGAAGGUCGAGCACUGGACUAACUGGAGCACGAGUGAGUCGCACAAAGUCCAGAGACUCCAAGACUAUGUUGGACGACGAGGAGUAUGCAAGUGGAGACGACCUUGAUCGAGCAGCGGCCCAGUCUAUAGCCCCAGACGGAGAUGAGAUAUCGGAUCAUGGCGGAGAUGCAGAAGACGUCGCUUCUCAAGGAUUCUUCAGCGCCCCGACCACCUUGCUUGCCGAACUACAAAUGCGCAAGGCGCAACAGAAACAACGCAACAGGACUGCCGCAGACGCUUUUCCCAAUGGCAUGCAUUCGACCCUGCUUGAGCUUGAUGCAGUUACUCAGCUGCAGCAAAAAGCUCGAAAGACCAAACAUGUCACACUCGCAUGGGAAGAUCAUGAUGAAGCGAACAAGCAAAACUUUGACGAUGACGAUGUCCCUCUUGGCCUUCUUUUCCCCGAGAAAGACCGCUUAGAGACGUUCAACUCUCAUCGACCUGUCGGGCUUCUUGAGAGGCGAGAAAUGGAAGACAACGAGCGAUUGAGCCACAGACGCGCAAGGUUGCGAGGAGAACCGUUGCAGACGAUGCAACCAGACGCGGACCCUCCACACAUUGGGGAUGUGCCCGGCCUUUCUGAAGAGCCUGUGUCUGAAGGGGAAGAUGAGACUCUAGCUCAGCGUGCUGCAAGAAUGAAAGCGGAAAAGGAAAGGGCCGCUGAAGGAUCGUUUACAGCAGAGCUGAGCCAAGAAUUGGGUCUUAAUGUCAACAGAAGCGCUCCUCAGCCUUCGAAGACCCCUGAUGCUGAGGAGACCUUGGGCCAGAGACGGAAGAGACUCAAAGAAGAAGCUUUGCGCAAUGGUAGACAGGUCAGCGGUAAUAGCGCCGACGGUGCUACAAGACCGGGAUUGCGAUCGAUGCACAGCCUAGCUGAUGUAUUGCGAGCUCAUCCGGUGGGCGCCCAGGAUCGCAAGGUCUCCAAUGAAUCGAAGGGAUCUGGCCUAAGAAGUGGUUAUCCUCAGAAACCAUUGCUGAUCGUCGACGAAAACCCUCCGUUCCCGCAGCUGAGCUCGCAGCCAUUCCAGGCACCUAACUGGGGUUACGUUCAGCACAACGGCGCUUAUAUGAAUUCUUAUGGCAAUUUCUAUCAGCACAACAACCAAGCUGAGCAUGGGACUUUUGGCGGAGUGGCACCGGGCUUCUACGGUGCCCCGAUCCCAAUGCACAUGCAGCAACCCAUGGCUGGCUAUCCAUAUGGUUACGGCAACCAACCCUACAUCCAAGAUCCUAUGAUGGGACCGCCUCUUGACCCGAAGCAAAGGGCGCAGAUUGAUCGCUGGCGGCAGAGUAUCGCCUAGUAACCUCCCUAAUUGGAGCGGUGGUGACUGCCCGGCUUGGAUUGGAAGUUCGGUGGCGCGUAUCUUCUGGUCAGUAGGCGAGAGCUGUCCAGGUCUCCAUGAUUGGAAAGGAUGACCGGGAUAGAGACUGUAUGAUUACGAGAAGAUGAUACAAUGUUCUAUCAGUGUAAACCCAUGUUCUGGC